AUGGCAGCCCUGGCGGCCGGUGUAUCCGAGAAGCGGGCAGUGGCACAAGGUCUCGGCUCCAGUCAGAAAGCUGUGAAGUACUUGGGCCAGGACUUCGAGACCUUGAGGCAACAGUGCUUGGACUCAGAGGUCCUGUUUAAGGACCCAGAGUUCCCAGCGUGUCCAUCAGCCUUGGGGUAUAGGGACCUUGGACCACAUUCCCCGCAAACUCAAGGCAUCGUCUGGAAACGGCCCACGGAGCUGUGCAAGGACCCCAGGUUCGUGGUGGGGAGUAUAACUCGGAAAAAGACUGGAGCAGUGGGUGACUGCUGGCUUCUGGCAGCCAUUGCCUCCCUCACGUUGAAUGAAGAGCUGCUCUCCUGAGUGGUUCCCAAGGACCAGAGCUUCCAGAAGAGCUACGCAGGGAUCUUCCACUUUCAGUUCUGGCAGUACGGCGAGUGGGUGGAUGUGGUGGUAGACGACAGACUGCCCACCAGUGAUGGACAGCUGCUCUUCCUGCAUUCCGAAGACGGCACUGAAUUCUGGAGCGCCCUGCUGGAGAAGGCCUACGCCAAGCUCAAUGGUUCUUAUGAAGCUCUUAUUGGAGGGUCCACGAUGGAAGGGUUUGAGGAUUUCAUGGGCGGCAUCUCUGAGUUUUACGACCUGAAGAAGCUACCAACCACUCUGUAUCAGAUUGUCUGGAAGGCCCUCCGCGCGGGGUCCCUGCUGGGCUGCUCCAUCGAUGUCUCCAGGGCAGCUGAAACGGAAGCCGUCACCAGCCAGAAGCUGGUUGAGAGCCACGUGUGCUCCAUCACAGGGGCUGAAGAGGUGGAUUUCCAUGGCCAUCCAGAGAAGCUGAUCCGACUCAGGAAUCCGUGGGGCAGAGUGGAGUGGAAGGGAGCCUGGAGUAAUGAUGCACCAGAGUGGAACUACAUAAACCCCAGGCUGAAGGAAGAGCUGGACAAGGAAGCUGAGGAUGGGGAGUUUUGGAUGUCCUUCUCGGAUUUCUUGAGGCAGUUCUCUCGGCUGGAGAUCUGCAACCUGUCCCUGGACUCGCUGACCAGCAAAGAGGUGCACAAGUGGAACCUGGCCCUAUUCAACGGCCGCUGGGUGCGGGGCUCCACCGCCGGGGGCUGCCAGAACUACCCAGCCACCUACUGGACCAAUCCCCAGUUCAAAAUCCGUUUGGAAGAGGUGGAAGACAGCCACGAGGAGAACGCUGGUGAGCCCUGCUGUGCGGUGCUGCUGGGUCUGAUGCAGAAAAAUCGCAGACGACAGAAGAGGAUAGGACAGGGCAUGCUGAGCAUCGGCUAUGCCGUCUACCAGGUUCCCAAAGAGCUGGAGAACCACACCGAUGUGCACCUGGGCCAGGACUUCUUCCGGGGCCACCAGCCCUCAGCGCGCUCUAACAUCUGUGUCAACCUGCGUGAGGUCUCCGGCCGGGCCUGGCUGCCCCCGGGGGAGUACCUGGUGGUGCCAUCCACCUUCGAGCCCUUCAAGGACGGCGAGUUCUGCUUGAGGGUGUUCUCAGAGAAGAAGCUCACAGCCCUGUGCCUGGACCCACAGAUAGAGCAGUCACUGAGCGCCCAAGAUGAGGUGGAGCAAGAAGAUGGCCAGUUCAAGAGCCUAUUUGAGAAGCUGGCAGGGCAGGACUCGGAGAUCAAUGCCAGUGAGCUCAAGGCGGUUCUGAAUGGGGUGUUUUCCAAACGAACAGACAUAAAAUUUGACGGAUUCGACAUCAACACUUGCAGGGAAAUGACCAGCCUGUUGGAUAGCAAUGAGACAGGCACCCUGGGAUUCGUGGAGUUCAAGAUGCUCUGGCUGAAGAUUCAGAAGUAUCAGGAGAUUUACCAGGAAACUGACUAUAACCACACUGGGACCAUCCAUGCCCACGAGAUGAGGACCGCUCUCAUGAAGGCAGGUUUCACCCUCAACAACCAGGUGCAGCAGACCAUCGCCACGCGGUAUGCAAGCAGCAAACUCAGCAUCGACUUUGAAGGCUUCGUUGCUUGCAUGAUCCGCCUGGAGAGCCUCUUCAAAAUAUUCAAACUUCUAGACAAGGACCAGAACGGCACCAUUCAGCUCUCUCUGGCUGAGUGGCUGUGCUGCCUGUUGGUCUGA